AUGAGUACCCUAAGAUACACUCUUCGCCUAGCGGCACAGGUUCCGCAGCUUCGCUCACCGUCAGCCAUCAAACCUUCUACUCAUCUGUUCCAUGUACGAAGAGGCAUCGCGACGCGGCAAACUCGUUUUCAACUGAACACCGGAGCGAGCAUUCCCGCGAUUGGAUUCGGGACAUUCCAAGACCCGGACGCUCAGGAGGAUGCCGUUUCCAGAGCCCUCAAAGCUGGUCUACGACUGAUCGACACUGCAAGAGUCUACGACGUCGAGAAACAAGUGGGUAAAGGGAUUAAGGCGAGUGGCAUACCUCGAGAAGAAAUCUUCCUCGGCACCAAACUUUGGUGCAACAACUACCAUCCGGACGAUGUCGAGAGGGCGCUCGACGAAUCUCUCACAGACCUCGACACGCCGUAUGUCGACCUUCUCAUGAUGCACUACCCAUGCACAUUCGCUCGUGGCGAAGAUCGGUUCCCGAGAGACGCUGAUGGGAAGAUGAUCUUGGGAAAGACUACUUUCGUCGAUACCUGGAAGGCUAUGGAGAAUCUUGUGAAGGCUGGCAAAGCAAAGGCUAUUGGCGUUUCUAACUUCAGCAAGGGCGAGCUGGAAACUAUCAUCAAGGAGUGCUCUAUGGUACCUGCUGUUCAUCAGAUGGAAGUUCAUCCAUACUUGCAGCAAAAGUCUUUCAACGAGUGGCUGAAGUCUCAAGGCAUCCAUGUGGUGCAGUUCAGUCCCCUCGGAAACAUGAACGAUUUCUACCGCGCCACGGGAUGGAGUAAGGAGGUAUCACACAUGAUGCGCGUCAUCGAUCAGCCACUACUCAAAGACCUGGGCAAGAAGUACGGCAAAAGUGCUGUGCAGAUUGUCUUGGCUUGGGGUAUCAACAACGGCCGUUCAAUCAUUCCUAAGAGCACCAUCGACUGGCAGAUCAAGGAGAACGUGGAGUCCGACUUCAAGUUAGAACCGGAGGACAUGAAGGCUAUUGAGACCCUGGAUAUCAAGGCCAGAUUCAAUGACCCUAGCUUGGAUUAUCAAUGGAGAUUGUACAGCGACCUUGAAGGCAUUGAAGGAACGAAGGACGGAAAGACACAUUGA